CAGACAGAGUGAGACAGUCGAACUGACGCUGAUGCAAAUUAAAACCUGAAUUAAUUCAAUGUUUGUCGACAUCUUUUUUGUUCCAGUUCACAAUACAAAACGGAAAAUGAGAAUGCACUUCUUUUAAAUGCAUCUUUAUAAUUCCCAUUCUAAUGUUAAAAAGUAAUCAGUGCUUUACGUGGUAAUUAUUUAUUGAAUACGUCUCAUUUUUAUUCCUAUUUAAUCUUACGACGUGAGCUCUGAGUUACGGAAACGCAUCGUUUAGCCGGUUAUACAAUUUACCAAGAAAAAUGUCCGUAGCUUUUGUUCAAAGGGGACGACCAACUCCUAGUCCUGCACAGAUUCAAAAGAUGCUUGAUGAAAACAGUCAGCUAAUUCAAACUAUUCAAGAGUAUCAGAGCAAAGGAAAGGGUCAAGAAUGUUUACAAUAUCAACAUAUAUUACACAGAAAUCUUGUGUAUCUAACUUCAAUAGCGGAUGCAAAUCAAAAUGUGCAGAAUCUUCUACCGCCUCCGCAGCCUAUAGCUGGCCACCAGAUGGGAAUGAUGGGCCCCGGGCCUGGGCCGGGACCGGGGUCCUGCCGGCCUCAAUCAGGUGGCGGACCUGGUCAGUAUCGUGGACCUCAAGGCUAUCCGCAGCCAUAUGGUGGGGGCCAGUAUCCUGGGCAAACUCAAGUAUCUUCACAGACAUAUCCAUCACAGGCAGGUGGGCCAGGAGGAUAUCCACAGAGCAACCAACCAGGUGGCUACGGAGGUCCACCCAACCAAGGCCAGCCACCCCCGCCGCCUCAGCAGGGGAGUCCCUAUGGACCACAAGGGGGGCCGUAUGGACCGAUGGGUGGUGGUGGGCCACCGCCUCCCAAUGUGGCCCAACAGCAGCAGCCACCCCAAUCACAACAACAGCCGCCCCCGCAACAACCGCAAGGUCAGCCCCCACAGCCACCAUCACAGCAGGCCCCUCAGCCACAGCAGCAACCGCCCCCACCUCAACAACAACCUCCCCAACACCCCCAACAGCAGCAGCCGCCGCCCCCACAGCAGCAGCAACAACCGCCCCCGCAGCAGCAGCAACAACAGCAGCAGCAGCAGCCGCCCCCACAGCAGCAACAGCCGCCUCCUUCCAACUACCCGGGCCCCGGCUAUCCACCAGGGCCUCCCGGUGGCCAGCAGGGCUCUCCCUACGGCCCCCCUCCCAACGCCAACGCCUACAACCAGCCUGGACCGGGUGGCUACCCGGGGCCUGCACCCAAUCAACCCAAUCAGCCAGGUAAUUAUAACAAUCCUGGAGGAAACAAUUAUCCAGGAGGAUAUGGGGGUGGUGGAGGUGGACCCCCGCCACAGCAACAGCAGCAGCAACCGGGCAGCUAUCCACCGCCGCCAGGGGGGCCGGGAGGGCCACCGCCGUCGCAACAGGGCCAGCAAGGCGGGUUCAACAGCCAAGCAGGACCAGCGGGGUACGGGGGACCGGCGUCGGCCGCUUCGCCCAACCCACAGAGCGCCUACUCGCAGACAACAGCGGCGCCGUCUGCGUCCACUCAGACCUACCCGCCGACCAGUGCGCCGCAAAACUACCCGCCACCUGCGCCGGCCAACAGUCAGACACCUCCCAAUGCCGGCGGCUUCCCGCCGCAAGGCCCCGGCGGCUACGGCCCGGCGCCGACCGCUGUGUCAUCGCAGGCCUACUCGCCCGCCCAGCAGUACUCGCAGAACUACCCUCAGGCCUACGCCCAGUCGUACCCGCCCGGCCCUGGCCAGGGCCCUGCCUCCUACCCACAGUACUCACGGCCUCCCCCUCCCCAAGGCGCCGGCCCAGGGGGUCAGCAAGGACCCCCGCAGCAGCAACAGUAUCCAGGCUAUAACUAUCAGCCUAAUCCACAGUAAAUACUACCAAUUGCACAAUAAUACUUUUCGUCACAAGUCCGGUAACGCUAAUUCACCGCAUGAGUAUGAUUGUUUCUGCCCGAAACUUAGUUGAGGGCAGAAUUAUCAUAUGAAUGCGGUGAAUACGUUACCGCACAAGUUACGUAUUCUCCUACCUGUCAUCACAAGUGCGAUCGGCUGCUAUCAAAUUGAAAUGUCCACUACAAGGUUGUGUCAUUAUUUAUGACUGUAUUUAUUACGCUACUCUGCUUUCAAGGUAGCUCAUGUGAUUAGUAACUGUAAGAGAAAACUAAAAAUUCAUGCAUCGAAAUAUUAUGUUCAUAUUCUAUUAGUCAUAAGUGAUGUAUUUAAAUGAGCAAUAAACUUGUAUCCAAUGUAAAAGAUAUUGAUAAAUAUUAUUUUCAUAGUUGGUAGGCCUAUGCAUAGUUACAUAAGUAUUCCUUACUCAAAGUAUGAUUCAUACCAUAAAAUAAUAUUAUAAUGAAUUGUUCCUUGUUUUUCAAAUUUUUAUGAUUUAAUUUUAUUCUCAAAUGUAUUAUCAUUUUUUUAUUUUACACUUUUCCUUACUAUUAUUAUAUUGCUAUUUUUAAUACAUUUAGACUAACCAGUAUUUUUUAACUCUGAAAUACCCCUACAUAUAUAUUUACAUCCAUUUAUCUCUCAUAGUUUAAUUUUUAUGUAGUUUUUUAAUGCGUCAGCCUUAAAUUGAAGUAGUUUUCCUCUAAGGACUACUAAUUCUAUUAGAUUUUGAGAAAAUGUUUUUUAGCAGCUUCAAAUGAAACUAACACUCAAUUCUUAUUUAUUACGAUCGGUAAUGACUUAUUUAUUUUUGAAUAAAAUAAUUAUUUUUAUAAAAAUUAUAUUUUAGGUCAGAUAUUGACUAUAUAUUACAUAAGCAGCAAAUGACAACUGUUGAAAUAUUAUUAUAGGGUAAUGCUUCAAGAAGAAAAUGUUUGUGUAGGAUUAAAAAUAGACUGCAUCAACUCUUAAUGAAAUGGUUUGUCAAAAUAUUUAUUAUGGUUACUUACUUUAUAACUAACUUAUGUCACUUCAAUUUAGUAGAAGAUCUUAAAAUCUAUUGUAAAUGAGUAUUUGAAUGUAUACGUAUAACGUGUAUUCAUCAUGAUGAAUAUAAUAGUAUAUCAUAUAUUUCUGUGAUUGGUAUUUGCAUGGAUAAUUUCUCUUGCCAUAUUUUAAUCUUUUUGUAGGCUAUCAUAGUUUAAACUAUAGUAAAUGUAAAAAUUAAAUGAGUUUAAGAUUC